UAAACUAUUCUAUUAUAUACCAAUUCGAUACAAUUCCUAGAAUUGCGUGUCGCGAUAUCGACGCGAUUGCGUGCACGUCCCAUCUCUACGCGAUAUGCGUACGCGCAUCAAGCCGCACUAAGGGUUAUGAUCCGCCGUCGGCUUCGUCCACCGCAGUCGCUCUCAGACGCGUGAUCAAUACGGUCGUGUUAACAUUACACAAGUUAUCAAAUACAUCGUGCUUUUAAGUGAACUUAAUAUUCUUACGCCAGUGGUGUGUUUAAAAAGAAUAAGAUAUGGCUAAGAGUGAAAACGGAAAAGAAGAUCAAGCAAAAACGUUCGAAAACAACAACGCUGUUUCUGAUGAACAAAACUUAAUAACUGACUCCCCUAACUACAUCACUCAGGAUAAGAACAAGAAUGAGAAUGUUGCUGGAAAUGAACCACAACAAGUUGAUGUUAAAGAAUUAAAGCAGAAACUAGAACAAGACAAUGUCGAUAAGAAAACUGAUGUCGCUGUCAACAAUUCAAAUAAAGUCAACGAUGAUGAUGAUGCACCAACUAUAGUGAUGAGUGAAGAGACCAGAAAGCUAGAAAACCUCAAAAAUGCAAGCACAAAAAGUUUUGGAGAUUUCAAAAUUAUGGAAGACAGGAAAGAUGACAAGAGAACAUCCAGAAGAAUGUCUAAUUACCUACAGAAUAUUCAGAUGACAAACUCUUCUUUGGGACUGACUUUGAAUGGAGAGAAGAAAGACACAUCUCUGCUUACUGACUCUAAAACUGUCGUCCGAUAUUCGCCGUUGUGGAAACAGACGUUGGCAGCUUCGGUACCGAUCCUACUGACCUUCGUCAAUGGUCUGACGUCUGGCUACUCUGCGAUCUUGCUGCCGCAGCUGAAGACAGAUAAUGGACCCAUCCCCUCUGAUGAAGACACCGCAUCCUGGAUAGCGGCUAUGGCGGCUCUUCCGAUGGCUCCCGGCUGCCUGGUCUCCGGCUGGAUGAUGGAGAAGUUCGGGCGGCGCACCUCCCACUACAUCACCUGCGUCCCUAUGAUCGUCGGUUGGAUCCUCAUCGCCUCCUGCAACAACCUCGGCCUCAUGCUCAUCGGCCGCUUCUUCACCGGCCUGUGCGCUGGCCUAUUCGGACCUCUCAUCCCAGUCUACAUCGGAGAAACUACAGAACCUAGAUAUAGAGGAUUCUUCCUUGCCGGCGUGUCAUUAGCCAUAGCUCUAGGAAUCUUAGUCGCACACAUUAUAGGCACGUUCGUACACUGGCAGUACACUGCUAUGAUUUGCUGUGCAUUCCCAAUCGCAGCUGUUGGCUUACUCACUCUGAUCCCAGAAAGUCCUACCUGGCUGAUAUCACAAGGAAGAAUUGAUGAAGGAGUGAAAGCUUUCUACUGGUUAAGAGGUUUUGGAGAUGAUGCAAAAAAGGAAUUGAAAGCAAUUAUUGAUAAUAAGAAAGCCGCAGACAAUGCGCCGCGUAUGACAAGAAGAGAAAAACUAGCAAGCCUGAAGAGUCCUGAACUAUUAAAACCUUUAGCUAUCAUGAUUAUGUUCUUCGUUACUUGCCAAUUUUCUGGAGUGAACGCGGUUGCAUUUUACUCUAUUGAAAUCGUCGAGAAGGCCGUUGGGAAAGGCAUAGACCAUUACCUUGCCAUGCUCAUUAUAGAUUCACUAAGAGUCGUCAUGUCCGUCAUAGCGUGUAUAAUAUGCAAGCAAUACGGCAGGCGACCUUUAUGCUUUAUCAGCGGCAUUUGGACCUCAAUAUCCAUGAUCGGGCUAUCAAUGUUCCUUUAUUGGAAGCCAGAAAAUAUGUCAUGGUUGCCAUUGUUGUGCCUGAUGUGUUACAUCUGCGCUAUAUCGAUAGGGCUGGUUCCGUUACCAUGGAUUAUGUGUGGAGAGGUGUUCCCGACUAAAGUGCGAGGGUUAGGGUCUGGCAUCAGUUCAGCCACGACGUUCGUUGCAUUCUUCACAGUGGUCAAAACCGCUCCCGGUAUGAUGAGUAACUUUGGCGAAGUGAUAACCUUCCUGUUCUACGGUGUGGUAGCCUUCGUAGGAACUGUUAUAAUGUACUUUAUAUUACCAGAAACGAAAGGCAAGAGCUUGCAAGAGAUUGAAGACAGAUUCAAAUUUGGAAAGAGACCGGCUGGACCUAAAGUAUAAAUAGUAGAGUGUAUAAACUUGAUGGUGCUGAUAAUGUUAAAGACGGAACGAGCAAGAAUGAAUGAGAAUGUACAAAUAUAGAAUGUGUUGUUCGCUAUAAGCGAUAUAAUAUAAAAAGCUGUGAUAUUUAGGUAGUCAAUUAAUUAAGUUGGAGUUUGUCUCCAAAUCGUAAUGCCUGUUGUGGGAAGCGAAGGGAACUAAAUCAAAUAUAUCUCGGUAUUUAAAAGACAAAGAGUGAUAUUUAUAAGAAUUGUUAUUCCAAUUUAUAUUAUAUUUACACGCUACGCGAUAACUUUAUGAAUGAAUAUGUUAUGAUGUACUUUAGGACAGUUUUGUAACAUUCCAUGUUUAAGACGAAAUGUUUAGGAUAGCAACACUGGUAUUUAUGUGGGUUCGUGUGCUUAACUGUUUGUUUCACAAUCUCUUUCCAAAAUGCCCGAGUUGUCUGCGCAGUAACUAUUAUGUGUAUAUUUAAUCAAAUUAGUUACAUCUAUGGGUAAACGCCAAAGAAUUUGGGAUUAUAUCAAAUAAACAACUUAUUAAUGUAGAAAUAACAUUUAUUAUUACAAAUUGGUAACAAAACUGAGAUUAAAAUAGUGUCUAUGAAUGGCACAUUAUUUAGUUAAGUUAAAUAUAAUAAUUAUUAAAUGCAUUUCGGUACUCAUUCUGUCAUACAACUUAAGUACUUGGAAUCAAAUGAACUUGUUUUUUUUGUAAUUUCUUGUAUGUACAUUAUUAGUUAUAUUAAUACAAUCAUCCUUAAUGAAAAUUUAA